UAUCACUAAACACCUAAGUGAUCAGUUUCAGGCAACUCCUUCCGGAACCCAGGAAUGGCUCCUUUAAGGAGGAAAGAACCCCAUCUCCUACUUUGGGACCAGGACACGCCCUUCGUUCCAGGAGGUUUCUGCACAGAACUUUGAGGAACAUGUCACCCGGAACCACAGCUUGAGCCUGUGAAGGCCCAGGAGAGGGUGUUCGCACACAUGCUGUCAGACGGGAUGGGCCUUCUGGAGCCCUCUGCUUGGUGAUCACUUGGACUCCUCUGGACUCUAUUCCUGGCAUCAGAAUCUUGACCACAGAUCUGAACUGAGGAGAGGAAACCUGGGAGAUGUGGGAGUGACAGUCAGCACUGGCCUGCUCCCAGCCUCACGUCUACACUGACUCUGAUGGCGGCACUUGCUCUGAGGGACCCAAGGGAGUCGGCUCAGGACAGUGUGACCUUUGAGGACGUGGUUGUGUACUUCUCCUGGGAGGAAUGGGGGCUCCUGGAUGAGGCUCAGAGAUGCCUGUACCACGAUGUGAUGCUGGAGAACUUUGCACUUGUGACCUCACUGGGUUAUUGGUUUGGAAUGGAGGAUGAAGAGGGAUUUUCUCUACACAGCCUUUCUGUAGAGCCCGUGUCGCUGGGCAAGACUCCCUCCUGUGCCAAGUGUAUCCUGGUGGAAAGAGAAACUUUGUACAGCCACAUGGUGGAUUAUUCAGGAUCGCCUCCUAUUCAGAAGUCCUACCACUGUGAGGCCUGUGGAAAGCAGUUCUGGUUAAGCCCAAACCUCCAUCAGCGGCACAGUGAAGAGAAGAUGCUCAGAAGGGACACGGACAACUACAAGUUUCAUGCGUCAGAGAAGCCCUUUACAUGUUGGGAAGUCGGGAAGGAUGUCCUGGCUAUGUUAAGUCUUCUGCAGCACCAGGCCACACUCAAAGAGGCUAAGCCCCUCAGCAGCUUCAGGCACGGGGAGGCCUGUUAUGGUGGUAAAAAUCAGUACAAGUGCAGUGACAAUGCGAAGCCAUUCACCUACGAAUACACACCUUUGCAGGAACAGCAGAAUGACACUAGAGACGAUUAUGAUGGUUGUUACGGCUGCAGUGACUGUGAAAAUCCCUUCAGCCAAAGCUCCUUCCUUAGUAACUGCCAGAGUGUCAGCAUGGGAGCGUCAUCUUACGAGUGCAAUGAUUGUGGGAAAUCUUUCAGCCAAAGCUACAAUCUCAUUCAGCACCAGAAAAUCCACAACGGAGCACGGCCUUAUAUCUGCAGUGAGUGUGGGAAAGCUUUCAGCUACAAGUUCAGACUCGUUCAGCACCUGCAGAUUCACACGAGAAUAAAGCCUUACGAGUGCAGCGAAUGUGGGAAAGCCUUCAGCUAUAGCUCCACACUCAUCAAACACCAGAGAGUACACACGGGGGCCAGGCCUUACCGGUGUGGCGAGUGUGGGAACACCUUCAGCCAAAGCUCCAACCUCAUUCAGCACCAGAAAAUUCACAGUGGAGCGCGACCGUACAAAUGCAGCGAAUGUGGAAAGACCUUCAGCUACAAAUGUAAACUUGUUCAGCACCUGCGAAUCCACACUGGAGAAAGGCCUUAUGAGUGUGGUGAGUGUGGGAAGUCCUUCAGCCACAGCUCCACACUCAAUCAGCACCAGAGGAUUCACACUGGAGCCAGGCCUUUCAAGUGCAACGACUGCGAGAAAUCAUUCAGUCAGAAGUCCAACCUCAUUCAGCACCGGAGAGUUCACACCGGAGAAAGGCCCUACGAGUGUGGGGAGUGUGGAAAGUCUUUUAGCCAAAGUUCGCACAUCAUUCAGCACAGAAAGCUUCACACCAGAUAACAACCUCGCAUGAGCAUAACACCUGACACUGUGGGAAAUCCUUCAGCCGGUGGUUAGCUGUCACGAAAACCAUCUAGAUUUGCUUUGUUCACAUAGCAAAUUUGGGAAAGUCUUCAUGUAAAAAUCUAACCUCAUUCAGUCCUAGAGAGCCCUCACAGUAGCAGGGCAUUAGGUCUACAGUGAACACAUUACUUCAUUCAGUGGGCUAGAAGUAUUCUCCAGGGGGAGCAGUCCGCCCUAGGCAUCUGAGAAUCGGGAAUCCCCCAAAUGUCUAGGUUCCUAGGAAGCACUUAGGAGCCAGCUGUAUCCUGCCCCUGGUUAUUUUCUUGCCCUGAAGUAUGUGUGGCAGACAUCACCUCACCUCUACCCCUUUGCUGGUCCCAUCAGUGUUCAUCUGUUAUGUGGAUGAUCAGGAAGGCAGGCAGCUCUGUUCUCUCUUCUGUACUUGGAAACACCAUGAGAAGCCUUGAGUCUACAGGGGGACUUUGCUCCCUCCUUUCAGCCUUUCAGACUAAACUAGGGCAUGAUCCUGGCCUUUUCCCUUUUUUUGGGGGGGUGGGGUUUUUGUUGUUUGUUUUUUGUUUUUUUGUUUUGUUUUGUUUUUGCUUUUUGGGCAGCGCUCAGGGUUCACUCCUGGCUCAAUGCUCAGAAAUCACUCCUGGCAGGCUUGGGGGACCAUCGGGGAUGCCGGGAUUUGAACCACCGACCUUCUGCAUGCAAGGCAAAUGCUGUACCUCCUCCAUGCUAUCUCUCCGGCCCCUGUUUUUUGUUUAUGUCCCACACCCAUCAGUGGGUACUCAGGGGCUACUCCUGGCUCAGAAAUCACUCCUCGCAGACUCAGGGGACCAUGUGGGAUGCUGGGGAUCAGACCCAAUUGGACACCUUCCCCCUCUGCUAUUGCUCUAUCCCCCAGCUUGUUCUUGACCAAGUUCUGCCUGCUACUGGUAGCAGCUUAAGACUAAGCUAGCUUCUUCCAAGUUUUGGUCUCACUUGCAUGGCUACAAAAGGCUUCCUAGGACAGUCAAUGGGGCUUUGCUCCUAAAUAGUAACCUGGAUGCCAGGUUUCUUUGUGGGGGCCUGAAGUCAUCCUGAGGGAGAGUGUAGUUGUCACAUGACAACCUCUAGUGCUUCUUUGAGAAGUUUGAAUUUGUCCCCUUGACCCAGGGAUGUUACAUAAAGAUAAGCACCAUUGUAGGGAUGCUAUUCCCCAGGGACUGCAAAGGAAUCAUGUGCCUUCCUGAUCAAGUCUGGUCUCUGGGGUCUCUGCUUGCUAGGACUACAGGGCCAUGUUGAAAGGAUAAGUUGUGCAGAAACACUGGAUGUGAUUGCCAGGCACUGGAGACUGCAGCAGCUCGGGGGGCUAGGGGUUUCCCUUUUGAAGGUGCAUAUGCAUUGCCCUGGGGACUGGCUGUGGGGUGAAGUGCUCACCAGCUCGGGCCCCUCUGUAGAUGAGCUGGUCCAAGUAGAUAAAGCUCUACUGCUGUUUUCCUUAUGUCCUCUGGAAAAUGAGAUGAGAGAGAUUUUAUAGUACAGGGGUGUAGGUUUUUGACUCAGCGACUUGCUGGCUCACUAAAAAUGAUAAUGGUUUGUUCAGAUUUUCUGCCACCAGUGCAGGGUCGCCUUUUCUGAGGCCUAACGAACAGGUUAGUGGAAUCAGUCCAGUGCUUCUCAACUUUGCUUAGUCUUCUAUUUGAACCAUUUUUUACAAAGCUAUAUUGAGGUAUAAUUCACAUGCUGUAGACUACACCAUUGAAUUGGACAAUAUAACUAGUCCUGGCAUAGACACGCACCCAUGAAACUCAAAUCAGGAGAAUGAACCUCUUGCCCUUUCUAAGUCUCUUGCCCUCACCAGACCACUCUUGAUUAUCUUUCAUAGUAAAGUAGUAUUUUAUAGAAUUUUCUAUAAUCAGAAUCCAAAUGUUUACUUCUAAAAUGGUGGCUUCCUUCAUACUGUAUUUCUGUUGCUGCGUCUUAUUCUGCUGUAUGAUGUCUUCCCUGUCAAUGAACACUUGGCUUGUUUCCAGUUUAUGGUCAUUCUGAAUAAAACCGGGUAUGUGUGCACAGAUAACAGGAA